GUUGCUGGAGUGGAAGUGCUGUUUUAUGUAAUUAGAGAUAGAUUUUGGACCCAUAAAUCGUUCCCCGUUGGUUCCCAGUGCCUUGUUGACACGAUGUCUUCGACAGUGGAGAAAAACGAGUACCCGAAGGCCUCCAAUGCGCUGGUGUUUGGAGCGGGGCUCUCGUAUCUCGCGGCUGUGUUUCUGCUGAUGAGCUUUUGCUCGCCCUACUGGAUCGUGUCGUAUCCGGAGACUUUCAGCACCUUUAAAAACAUGGGCCUCUGGGAGUAUUGUUUCCGUGAAUUCACCUACCCUUACUAUCAGUUUCCUAAGCAGUUCAACGGCUGUCACCACAUCUUCAGCCACGAGUACUACGUCAUCCGAGAAUAUUUGCUGCCCGGCUGGCUAAUGGUGGUACAAGGAUUUGUGACCGUUUCCUUUCUGUUUACCUUCGGUUCGCUGGUAAUUAUGGCGUGUGAAAUCAUCAGAUGGCCACUGAAGUUCGUGCUGCGCUACGAAUGGCUGCUGAGUAGCAUCUCCUUUGCCGGCAUCGCAUCGUCAUCAUUCUUCAUGUUUCUGGCUGUGGCCAUCUUCGGUGGAAACGCUUACCGCCGCGACUGGCUGAUGUACCCGAAGUUCAAUGUGCUAUCAUGGUCGUAUGAAUUGGCCGUUGUUUCGUUUAUGAUUCUUGGGCUGGCCGCAAUGUUGCUGUACAAGGAGUCGCGCAAGUCGUACGAAAUGCGACGCGAAGCCAAGAACCUGGUUAUGCAAAUGCAGAUGCACGAACCGGGAUACACUCCGUCCCACCACACCAGCCGAAGCCUGCACAGUGGUGGCUACAUAUAAAGAUCGACCGGCUUACGAAUGGCUCCUCAUUCCUCUUUCACGGCACUCAUUCAAACAUAUCUUUGUCUACCUCUCCGUGUCGCGAUAAUGGAGAACAAUUAAUCGUAACGCUUUUGGCUUUUUAUACACAGCGUUAGGAAGGGACUGACUGUCCCUGCUUGCCUUACUAAAUUGGAACGAAUUGGACAUAUUUUUUGUGAAACAAAUGUGAAUUUUGAAGCAAAAUUUUAGAAUAUCAUACACGAAUGCACGUGGCCUUGAAGUAGUUGUUUAGAGCAAAAAAACAGUGCCUCCAUGUAACACAUGAACGAAAACUAAUUUAGGGUACACUACCGAACUAGUUCUACCGACCAGCGGUGGCCCCGAUUAUAUGCAUACAGCUUUUCCGACUUAGGUUUAAUAUCAUAUUGUCUUACUUCGUCUUAGAAUGACACGAAACGAACGCUAUCCGUCCGGUAACUCGAGUAUUGUUUGUAUUGUUUAAGCAUAUUCGUCAUCUAAUUUUUUUACUCCAGUUUAUGGCUGGUGUGCUGAAUUUAGCUCGCUAACCGAUCGAUGAAUUUAGCAACCAGAUAACAGCCUCUCGGAAGCAACGAAUAAUCUCAUUUAGAACUCUUCCGUCCACGAACGUAUUGUUUAAUUUUAUUCAUCAAAUGGCGCUAGAUAGCUUGACGUUAUGUGCGUAUCUACGUAUAGUUUAUAGCAUCGACAAUCGGCAAUGUUCGAUAAAAGUGGUAUAUACUUGAU